AUGCAAAUCUGCAAGCCGGAAAUGUCUCCGAUGCGCAGGAGUCCAAUGAGAAUCAUAAUUCUCGAAUCGUGUUUAUUCGGAAUUUGUAAUGCUCCAAUCUAUCAGCAUGAUGUGCUAGAUCUGUGGACGUAAGCCG